AUGCAGGAGGUAGAGAAAAUGGUCCAUCCCAAGGCUAAGGAAAGUACCAACAAAGAUGGUUUAACUCCCCGACAAUUGUUCACAAAGAACCAUGAGAACUUGAUGGAAAGGGGAGAGAAAUGGAUGAAGGAUACAGCAACUUCAUGCACUGUGGUGGCUGCUUUCAUUGUUACCAUUAUAUUUGCAGCUGCCUUUACCAUUCCAGGUCGUGACAACGAUAAAAACGGCUUGCCAAUUUCCACAAAAGACAAUAGGGUUGAGUUCUUUAUGAUAUGUGAUGGCAUAUCCCUUGGUUUUUCCACAGUUUCAGUCUUGAUGUUUUUGGGAAUCCUCACAUCACGCUAUUCAGAAGAUGAUUUUCUUGAGAAAUUGCCGAGGCAGAUGAUAAUAGGCCUCAUCUGCCUCUUCUGCGCUAUUACGACCAUGCUGGCAGUCUUUUUAAUUGACAUUUUAAUCGAGCUACAUAAGCAAUCAAGGACUGUAUACGCUUUCAGUUGUUUGGCCUUCACUAUAGCCACCCUCUUCAUUCAGCUGAUGUUUGGCCUUCUUGUAGGCAUGAUCAGGUCAACCUACGGGCGAGGAAUCUUUGAUAGGAAUUGA